CCCAGUCCUACCCAGUCAGCUAUUCUUCUACCAAUGCUCGCCGCCCAUCUCUGGACUCUAUGGAGAACCAGGUCUCCGUGGAUACGUUUAAAAUACCUGAGGAUCCAAAGUGGGAAUUUCCCCGGAAAAACUUGGUCCUGGGUAAAACUCUUGGAGAAGGAGAAUUUGGCAAGGUGGUUAAAGCAACAGCAUUUAGACUGAAGGGGAAAGCUGGUUACACUACAGUAGCUGUGAAAAUGUUAAAAGAAAGUGCCUCCCAGAGUGAGCUGCGGGAUCUGCUUUCUGAGUUUAAUCUCCUGAAGCAAGUAAACCAUCCACAUGUCAUAAAGCUGUAUGGGGCCUGCACUCAGGAUGGUCCCCUGUACCUUAUAGUGGAGUAUGCUAAGUAUGGUUCUCUGCGUAGUUUCCUGAGGGAAAGCCGCAAAGUUGGUCCUAGUUCUGUGGGUGGUGACUCCAAUCGUAACUCCAGCUAUUUGGAUAACCCAGAUGAGAGAGCCCUGACGAUGGGAGACCUCAUCUCCUUCGCCUGGCAGAUAUCCAGAGGAAUGCAGUAUUUAGCAGAGAUGAAGCUUGUUCAUCGAGAUCUGGCAGCCAGAAAUGUACUGGUGGCUGAAGGUCGCAAAAUGAAAAUAUCAGAUUUUGGUCUUUCUAGAGAUGUAUAUGAGGAGGAUUCAUAUGUAAAAAGAAGCAAGGGAAGAAUACCAGUGAAGUGGAUGGCGAUAGAGUCCUUGUUUGAUCACAUUUAUACAACACAGAGUGAUGUGUGGUCAUUUGGUGUUCUACUAUGGGAGAUUGUUACACUAGGUGGAAAUCCAUACCCUGGCAUUGCUCCAGAGAGGCUUUUCAACCUUCUAAAAACCGGUUACAGAAUGGAAAAGCCAGAAAACUGCAGUGAUGAAAUGUACAAUCUUAUGCUAAAAUGCUGGAAACAGGAGCCAGACAAAAGGCCAACAUUUGGAGAGAUUAGUAAAGAGCUGGAAAAGAUGAUGGUGAAAGUCGGGAUUACCUGGACCUUGCUGCGUCCACACCUGCAGACUCAAUGCUAUACGAUGACGGCCUUUCUGAAGAAGAGACGCCUCUGGUGGACUGUAAUAAUGCCCCACUCCCUCGAACUCUUCCCUCAACCU